GCAUCAUUGUUUGUUGCGACAGUCUUUUGUAAAAUAUGCGGUGAAGUAGUGUGGUAGUAUGUGCGUAGUAUGGCAGUAAAUAGUAAUUAAAGUGUUGGUGGAGCGAUAUCACCUAGGAUGGGAUUUGCGUGCACAAAUAUGAGAAAUGAACUGAAAGAAGGGAAAGUAGAGACACCAGCUGUAUGUCCUCAGGUCAGAAUCAGGUGUCAGAGGAGAAUGGCAGACAGCUCCAUAAUUCGUACCCACUAUAAGAACUACCGAUUUGAGCUGUAAAGGGUAAGAAAGGUGUCGGGGUAGUCGUGUAUUGUGAGCUGUAUACAUACUGCAGUUUGCAAACCUGCAUGAGCACCUAGUAGUGAUUUAAUGGCUGCCUAUAUAAAUCGCUCAUUGUCUCAAAUGGCUGGAGAUGGCCCUUCAAUAAGGGGGUCAUCUUUGGUUGGAGGGCCUGGUGGUGAUACAAGAAACUUACAUGACUCAACUUCUCCACUACAGAUAUUCGUCAAAGCCAAAAAGAAGAUCAAUGGAAUAUUUGUGGAAAUUGAAGACUAUGUCAGGAAUACAGCUUCAUAUAUGCAAAGUCUGGAAAAGGAACAAAAUAUUAUCCAGCCAGAAGAAAGGGUGCAGGUGGAAAGUUACAUUCAAAAAGUUAAAGGCAUUAGAGAUGUCCUCACAAGGGAUCACAUGAAAGUGGCCUUUUUUGGAAGGACAAGUAAUGGGAAGAGCACGGUGAUAAAUGCCAUGUUAAGAGACAAGAUCCUACCUAGUGGCAUUGGUCAUACAACUAACUGUUUUCUACAAGUUGAAGGAUCAGAAAAUGGAGAAGCGUACCUUGUGACUGAAGACUCAAAAGAGAAGCAGAAUGUAAAGUCUGUUGGACAGUUGGCACAUGCUCUCUGCAAAGAACGUUUGGGUGAAAGUACACUUGUCAGAAUAUUCUGGCCAAAAGAUAAAUGCCUUCUGCUGAGAGAUGAUGUAGUAUUUGUGGACUCGCCAGGUAUUGAUGUGUCACCAAAUCUUGAUGAGUGGAUUGACCGUCACUGCCUUGAUGCAGAUGUCUUUGUUCUUGUUGCCAACGCAGAAUCUACUCUUAUGGUUACGGAGAAAAACUUCUUCCACAAAGUCUCAACUCGACUCUCUAAGCCAAAUAUUUUUAUUUUGAACAAUCGAUGGGAUGCCUCAGCUUCAGAACCUGAAUUUUUGGAUCAGGUAAGAGGACAACAUAUGGAACGAACAGUUGAUUUUCUUGUGAGAGAGCUGAAAGUUUGUUCCCAGAAGGAAGCUAAUGAGAGGAUAUUUUUUGUGUCCGCUAAGGAGGUCUUACAAGCAAGGCUGAUGGAGCAAAAGGGACAACCUGCUCAUGCUGGUGCUCUGGCAGAAGGAUUUCCUACGCGAUACUUCGAAUUUCAGGAUUUUGAACGAAAGUUUGAAGAAUGCAUUUCUAAAAGUGCAGUGAAAACAAAAUUUGCACAGCACUCCCAAAGAGGAAAACUUAUUGCUUCGGAGAUACACACAGUAAUGGAUGGUGUCUAUGAGCGUGCUGAGCAGUUGAAAUCUGAAAAAGCUCUGGCAAAAAAGGAACUUUAUGACAGACUUAACUACACGGAACAGCAGCUGCGAAUGAUUACUCAGGAAAUGAAGGAAAAAAUACACCAGAUGGUUGAAGAUGUCGAGCAAAGGGUCUCAAAAGCACUCAGUGAGGAAAUUCGUCGUUUGUCUGUCCUUGUGGAUGAGUUCAACUUACCAUUUCAUCCAGAACAAUUGGUUCUCAACGUGUACAAGAAAGAACUGCAUGCUCAUGUGGAAAAUGGACUGGGUAGCAAUCUUCGUGCACGGCUUUCUACAGCAUUGGCCAUGAACAUUGAGAACAGUCAACGAGAAAUGACAGAAAGAAUGUCAUCGCUCCUUCCUCCAGAGAAAAAACAAGUAUCAUUAAGUGUCCUACCCCGUAGGGAACCUUUUGAGAUACUGUAUCGGCUCAAUUGUGAUAACCUGUGUGCAGAUUUUCAUGAAGAUCUGGAAUUUCGGUUUUCAUGGGGCAUUACAGCAUUGAUAAAUAGAUUCACUGGCAAACAAGGACAUCGAAUUGCAUUACACAAUUAUGCUCACAUGGUACCGCGUGACAUUCUUUCUCCAUCAGAGACCUUGGAUGUUGCACAGAUAAAAUUUCCUACUAACCAACCAAGCGAUGAUUGGUCUAUCCCAUCUAGGUUACUGAUGGCAUCCAUUGGUUCACAAGGCACAAUGGGUGGGCUUCUGGUUGCUGGGUUUUUACUGAAGACUGUAGGCUGGCGACUUAUACUGGUGACGGGAGCAGUGUAUGGUAGCCUGUACUUAUAUGAAAGAUUGACGUGGACCAACAAAGCAAAAGAGCGUGCAUUCAAAAGGCAGUAUGUUGCACAUGCUACAAAGAAACUCCGGCUUAUUGUUGAUUUGACUUCUGCCAACUGCAGUCACCAAGUACAACAGGAGCUUUCAAGCACAUUUGCUCGUCUUUGUCACCUAGUGGAUGAGGCAUCAACUGACAUGGAUGAGGCCAUAAAGUCACUUGAGAAAGAGCUCAGGUCGUUGGAGGAGGCAGCUGCAUCUGCUAAGAGUUUGCGUAAUAAAGCAAAUUACCUUGCACAGGAGCUAGCUAUGUUUGAAGAGACUUACCUGCAGUGUGAUAAUUAAUAGAUUAUUAUUACUUAGGCACUUGUAUAAAUGUGCAGUUAACAGCAUGAAACACUCACUACUAGUCACCGGCGAUUAACUGUUAAUAGUACACAAGCUGUAAGUGGCUUGGGACUUAACACAUAUAUCAUUGUGAUAUGUUUCAAGUUGUAAGCUGUGCAGUGCUUGGUGGUGACUUCUGUUAAAAAACAUAAUGUCAUCGCUGUUUCACUGCACAUGAUGGUCCUGUUAUAAUUGUUAGUCUGCUCAUAGCAGAUUGUGGAAAGAGUCAUAGAUUAUGUGUAGCAUAAACUGAAUGCACAGUUUGAAUAAAGUACAAUAACCAUGUCUUACAAAUCAGAGUCCAGUUUGGAUAUCCUGUAGUCAAUAAGGAUAUCACAACAUGAUUAUCUUGCUUUAUUGGUCAUCAUUGUUAAAUCAUGAUGUAUAAAAAUUCAUCUGUAUUUAUUCAUAAAUGUAUAUUGUUAAAACUUGUCAUUUUGUGAUUUAUCGUAUGUUAGUAAAAAAGCUUGAAUCUAUGAUAGGUUGUCUGUUUACAUAUAAAUUAAGUAUACCGUUGGGUGUGCUCUGUACAGUUGUUGAUGUGGUCUUCAGUUCUGUAUCUGAUGAUGUCCUGUGAUUUCUGCCUUGGGAAGAAAUAUUUAUAAAUCCAUUUUCUGUAUACAGAGUUGUAAUAUUUGUGACAAUAUUUGUACUACACUAGUAUUAAUGAGCAUAAAAUAACAUAAUUUGACAGGUGUUCAGUAAGUUAGGAAUGGAGAAUUUGAUUUGAAGCUGAGUGUUCCUAAGGCAUCUGUUCUUCAGAAGAUUAAAAGUCUAAUAAUUGAAUUUCA